AUGUCUCCUACAACCGCUGUAGUCUUGGGAGAGCCCCACCAACUCCCCAAAACUGAUCAGGUCCUAUUUUGUGGCGAUUUCAUGACAAUUGCAAAGCCUGUUAUUUCCAUUAACGUGGAGACCGGUGCCACGGAGAGAUUCGUGAGGACAAUCCAGAAGGGUUUGGGAUUGCAUAUGCCUGGUGGUGGAAUAUACGGGGUCGACCUCCACGCUAAUCGGGCCACUUUGCCAUUCAUCAAAGGAAACAUGACGUACACUAUCUCCGGCAACAUUGCUCCUUAUACCGGUCAAAUUGUCCCCAACUAG